AUUCCACCCCAGAUUGGCAACCUUUCCAAACUCAUCUAUCUUGACAUGUCAAUCAACUCUUUCACCGGAAAAAUCCCACCGGAAAUUGGCCUUUUAAAGAAUCUCCAGACCCUUCAUAUUGUUGAUAACUCAUUAAGCGGUCAGAUUCCAGGUGAAAUUGGUGAACUGUCGUCUCUUACCGAGCUUGCUUUGUAUAGUAAUAAGCUUGAAGGUUCCAUACCUGCUUCCAUUGGGAACUUGAUAAACUUGAAUUCUCUAUACCUUUAUGAGAAUUCUCUUUCUGGCCACAUUCCCCCGCAGCUCGGGAAACUUUCCAGUCUUUCUCUCAUCUACAUGGACACCAACAAGCUUACAGGUCCCAUCCCACCUGAGCUUGGAAACCUCUCAAAACUCGAGGUGCUAUAUCUUUUCAGAAAUGAAUUGAGUGGCCAGAUUCCCCCUGAACUGGGAAAGCUGAAAUCACUUGUGCAACUCAGCUUCUACUCAAAUCGUCUUACUGGCCCUAUCCCACAGUCUCUCGGUGGCCUACACAACCUCUCGCUGCUUCACCUAUAUGAUAACAACCUUAACGGCUCAAUACCAAAAGAGUUGGGAAAUUUGGAGAACAUCUUGGAUCUUGAAGUGAGUGAGAAUUGGCUCACGGGUCAAAUUCCUCCUUCCUUGGGCUGUUUGAGGAACUUGGAAGGUUUGUAUCUUGGUGAGAACAAUCUUUCCGGUCUCAUUCCACAUGAACUUGGUGGGCUGAAAAAACUAGCAGUCCUUCAAAUGCAUAAAAACCAAUUCUCAGGAAAUUUACCUGACACUCUCUGCCAAAGCGGGGCACUUGAAAAUCUUACUCUGAAUGACAACAAGCUCUCGGGGCCUAUUCCAAGAAGCUUAACGAACUGCAAGAGUCUGAAAAGGGUGCGUUUAGAGAACAACCAGUUCACCGGAAAUAUCUCUGAAUCUUUUGGCAUCUACCCAAACUUGCAAUUUAUGUCCCUUAGCAACAACCAAUUUCACGGCGAGCUCUCUAUGAAGUGGGCAUUUUCCAAGCAGUUGACUAACCUGAUGGUUGAUGGUAACAACCUCACUGGCAUAAUACCGCCAGAGUUAGGUAGUUUGGCUCAACUAGGUGUUGGGAUUCCUCCAAGUCCCACACCGGAUGAGUAGGAGUAAAUGAACCAAAAUAUAUAGGUUCACCCAACCCCAUUAGUAUGAAGCCUUCCCAAAAACAAAUCCGUGAGGGCUUGCCCAGAGCGGACAAUAUCAUACUAAUGCGGGAUUGGGGUGAGGGCACGCGCAGUCCCAAAGAUGUGCAGAGGAGAUCAGAAUACUGCGCCCUCCACAGAUUUAUCGCACAAGAGGCUUGAUCACAUGAUUGAGAGUUGUCAGAGUAUCCUCCCUGAAGGUGACAUUC